AUGAACCAAACUGGAAUCAAAACUGGCUAUUCGGAUUCAGUUCAAACUGAAUGGUUAGAAGCUUUAUUUUCAAGAAAAAAUCAAUUAGCCAGAAGUGCAAUAAUUGAAUCAGACCUAAUAUUACUUUAG